CUUAUUCUUCAGUUGUGAUGAAAUAACGCACAGAUAAUUUUAAGAUACUUAUUUAAAAUAUUUCAAAUGAAAAUAAUCCUUUUUUAAGUAAAAAAAAUAAUGACAUCCAAAAUAUUUGAGAACAACAUGGCCGCGAACUUAGGAAACAUCUCCCAUUUUAAGAUCAAUAUUUAGUGACGACUUUCAGGAUUACAGUGAUCAUUAACAGCCGAAUGACCCAGUCCCUUUGCAUUGACUGAGGGACAGUUCAUCAGCAUGUUAAGUAAAACCAGAAUGAAUAAUAGAAGGAAAAGUAAAAGAAAUAUUUCAGAUGGGACAAAACAGACCAAUGUCAUUUCACCAACAAAAAAGGGCAAGAAAAAACUUUCCAGAAAAAGAAAGGAAGACAAUCAUAGAAAAAAACCAAAUAAACUUAGUAGUAUUGAAAAGUGUUUAACAAAAUCUGCUAAUGAGCCAUUGAAGUGUGAUACAUGUAAUAAGAUGUUCAAAACCAAAGGAUCUCUGACAAAACAUGCUAGAAUACACAUAGGUAUAAAAUCUUACAUCUGUGUUAGAUGUGGAAAAGGGUUUGGCCGUGUAGAUGUGUUACAACGUCACGCGAUGAUUCACACAUCUAUUAAACCCUAUCUAUGUCAUACAUGUGGCAAAGGAUUCUGUGAAAGUGGGGCACUCGUAAAACAUGAGAGAAUACAUUUAAAUCAGAAGCCUUAUUCAUGUGAUGUAUGUCACAAAAGUUUUAGUCAGAGCAGUAAUUUGAAUGCACACAAACGAAUUCAUACUGGGGUGAAACCAUUUGUUUGUGAUGUAUGUGGUAAACGUUUUAAUAAGAGUAAUACAUUGACUCUGCAUAUGAAGACACACACUGGAGAUAAGCAGUUUGAAUGUACUUUCUGUAGUAAACGUUUUGUUCAACGGAUUCAGUUACAGAUGCAUGAAAGAAUUCACAGAAAGGAAAAACCUCAUGUCUGCUCCUUAUGUCAUCGACAAUUUGUUCAGAAGAAUCAUUUACAACGACACCAAAGGUCAAAGUGCAAGAAAGUAAAAUCAUCUGUUGGUACGCAAACAUUGAAAACAAAACGCUCUGCGCACAACCUAAAUAUAACUAGCACUGAUGAAGAUGAUGAUGACGAUGAUGCUAAAUCGAUGUGUUCAACAGAACAAUCUGCGAACAACAAUCUUAAUAUAACUAGCAUGGUUGAUGAUGAUAAAGCAAUUUGUCCUACAGAACAAUCUGCAGACAAUCUAAAUAUAACUAGCAUUGUUGACAGUGAUGAAUCGAAUUGUACAACAGAAAAAUCUGGGGACAUCCUAAAUACAACUAGCAUCGUUAAAGAUGAUGAAUCGAAUUUUACAACAGAACAAUCUGGGGACAUCCUAAAAACAACUAGCAUCCUUGAAGAUGAUGAAUCAAAUUUUACAACAGAACAAUCAGUGGACAACCUAAAUAUAACUAGCGUCAAUAACAAUGAUGAAGCAAUACCUCCAACAGAACAAUCAGCGGACAAUCUAAAUUUAACUAGGAUCGUUGAUGAUGAUAAAUCAAUGUGUUCAAUUAAACAAUCUGCGGACAAUCUAAAUAUAACUAGCAUGGUUGAUGAUGAUAAAUCAAUGUGUUCAACAGAACAAUCUGCUAACAAUCUAAAUAUAAAUAGCAUCAUUGACGAUGAUGAAUCGAAUUGUUCAGCAGAAAAAUUUGGGGACAACCUAAAUUUAACUAGCAUCAAUGAUGAUGACGAAACAAGUCUUAUUUAGAUAUGAUUUAAUAUAACCAUAUAUGAUAUCAAAUAAUUUAUUUACAUCAUAGUUCAGUUCGAUUUCUUGAUAAUUAUAAAGAUUUACAAAUGGUCUUUUGAUGUGUAUUCAAUAGAAUAUGUAUUUUUUCAUUAAAAAAAAAAGAAAAGUGUAAGACCAUUGCUCAUGUUUGUUUUACCAGACUUGCCAGUAAGAGAUAUUAAAAAAGGCAUUAUAAUUACCUGAAUUAAUUGUGCCAAUUUUGAAAGCAGAUAGAGAUGUAAUCAAAGGUUAUUGUCUUAUACCAUGUAUACAAUUCUUGCUAGUUGUUAUUGAAAUAAAAAAAAAUUGUUUAAAUGCUAUUGAUUUUUUUUUUGUAUGUUAGCUGCAUUAAUUUUUCAUGUUAAUAUGUACACAAUGUGCCUUACUGAGUCAAUAUGUUAUUUAAUGCUCAAAAGUUUUGCACCUGUAACUGGUUUCUGAUUGUCUUCUUUUCCCAAUUUUGAAUAUGUUUAACAUUGGUGAGUGAGGUAAUUACAAGGCGGUAAUAUUGAAGGAUAUGUGUUGUUAUUGAUCAUGUUGAUAUCUUUUGAUUAAUGAAUUGUAGUGUUUUUGUCUUUUUGCCAUUAGUAAACAAAUCUCCUAUUUUUAAGUGGGAGAUGUUCAUGUUCUAUAUCAUUUAUAAUUCAGUAAAAUUUUCAAUUAUAAUAGCUAUUAUUAAAGAUACCACCACUAACAAUGAUACCUACAGGUAAAAUUUAAGGGAUUAUCUAAAAAUAAGUAUUGAUCAUAUACAUUUUAUACCACCAGUUUGGAUGAUGAGCUAAUUGACUAAUAACAUUUAAGAUAAUGAAAAAAGUCUGUUUUAAGUACCUCAGGAUAACUCAAUUAAUAUUUUUAGUAUUAACAAUAUUAUGUUUGUAAUAUAUAGGUACUUGGAGUAAUUAUAACAAUAUGUUGUAAAUAUUUUGUUGAAUAAAGAUUUGCAAGUCUGUUAA